UUGGAUCUCUUCUUGCGUUUAUGAAGAACGCCAAACCCGCGGCCCCGAUUCACUCAAGACUCUUGAUUCAUCCUGCUGAUUGCAAUCGACAGACUGAUGAGCCGGAUGCGCUGACUUCGAUCCCGCAGCAUCCCUCCAACCAAAGACGAGGUAUAUAGCGAUAGACUUGGAGCACGCACGACUGAGCACGCGGCCUGCCAGGCUCGCUCACCAUCAUAGGCGCGCUCCUUCCUGCCUUCUGCUCGAUCUCCCUUCCCUCAAGACUUUAAUUGUUUGUCCUGGUCUAUUCUACUUCAAUCCUUCGUCAAGCGCUCUCGGUCUGGGAGCGGAGCAGCCUAUUGCGGCCACAAUAAGUUCGAACGUCCUCGUUGGGACCGAGCUAUCACUCAAGCCCACCCGGACGCCUUCGGCAGUCACGGGGCCAUUCACCAUCACGUCCGACAAUCCUGUAGCGCACACACCCCUUCUCUCUACACCAUCCCUGUUGCGUUCCGCCUGUGAUGUCAGGCUACACAGAUCUUGCCAGCGGAUCUGGUAGCGGUCGGCCACUCCCGAGCGGUUCUUCUGCCCAUUCUCACAGCUAUUCUCAGUCGGUAUCGCAUCAUGCGCCUCAUACCUCAGUGAGCGGCGGAUCCACGCUUGGCGUCUCUGGCUUUGGACAGGGCGGUGGAUUGUACGGACUUGGAGCUGCAGCUAGCCAACAGGAAAGCAUGAUUUCAGGUUUGAGUGGCGCUGGACAUAGCGAAGCUGGCAGCAAUGGUCUUCCGGUUCCUCAAUCGCAGCACAACUCCAGCCAAUUACUCAUAGCUAGCAUCGUCCAACGCCUUGUCAACAGGCUGCCAUACAACUCUGGAUGGAGGCUCGCAUCUUUAGAGGAAGAGCAGCUUGUGCGGUCUUGCGUCGCGAACCUCGUAGACCUCAGUCAAUAUCAGCUCGCGAGCGUGGUCAAAGAGCUGCUUGCCGUUCUCGAGAACUUGAACAAGUCUGUCCAAGUGGCGCACGAUGACAAAGUCAGCGUGGAUGCGAUGCAGUCGCAGCUGUUCAUGCUGCAAGUCCUGCUCGCUUGCCUUGUCCACCACUGGCGCACUCAGGGCGGACCCGAGGAUCCCACUCAAAGUGAGAGUACCAGCUCUGCAACGGCCACGUCAAGCUCACAAUCGGCACAUCAGCGCCGAGGAUCGCUGGCACCCACCGACUCAAGAUCGGCAGAGAUAGCUGGCGUGGCCAAGGGGUGGAAUGAUCCUCCCCCGAUGGAAGAUGGCGUAGCAAAGCACAUUCUCAGUUUGAUGGUCAUGUACCUACGGCAGAGUGUGGCGAAGGAGGAAGCCAUCCAGACGGGCACUGGCGGCUCGGACCAUUUGGAGGGGCCACGCAGCAAAUCAGAUGGUGGCUUGCGUGCAGGACAGAGCGAUCGAGCGCUGCGAGAUGCCCAGCGUGGCUACAUAAGUUCUACUCAGAGUGGCAAAGGCAUCGGCUCUUGGGAGGAGCAAGAUGGAAAGGACCGCGCAGGAUCAGCAGGCAGUGGAUUAGGUAGCUCUGCCGCGGCUGCUGGCUCACUGGACUCUGAUUGGACGAGCGGUUCGGGCUCCGACGUAGCCUCACUUUCAGUGCUGGGCCUCUUCAAUGGAAAGGGUCUCUUCGUGCUCUACCCAACCUUUCCGCCCUCAAGAGCACCUUUUCAGCGUUCUCCGCACGUGCAUCUCUAUCAGAACCCCCAGCGGCGCGUUGUGCUUCAAGGGCAAAAGGCGGACAAGGAUCAGGACUUCUUUGCCUGGGGCGAUCGGAGUGGGGAGUCGCUCGACAACGCCGUCGCGCUGACCAAGGGCAUCUAUCGCGCGGCGGGCCAGAUCGUCUUCUAUCUAAGUUCUAGUAACUGGCCGGUAGUCUUCGCGCGGUAUCGCAACAGGGUGCAGUACCUCAGCACCACGGUGGAAGACUCCCCAAACACCGCUGAACUUCGCCUGCUGGAAUGCAGCAAUAUGCAGCGUGCGCGGCUCAGCAACCUCAUUCAAGAGCUCUGCACCACCUUCCUCCAUCUCAAGCGCACUGCUCAGCACACAAUGGCUUUGGUCGUUCGCCGCGGUGUCUGGUCUUGGAUACAGUAUCAUCCGGCCGAAUUUGCGCAUCUAUUUGGAACGGGGCGGCGACUCGAAGGUGGUCCCGAGCUGCUGUUUGAUCACAUUGUGAACCUCACAGAGUCUUCCAGGAAGAAGCUCAUCUUUUGGCCGGUGCUAACAGCGCUGCUCAUUCUAUGCCCCGACAUUGUAAGCAAGGCUGCCAUCGGAGAAGGCCGGAAACAAGGCAGUGUGGCGAAGAAGGUCAACUUCCUGGAGACUUUGCGCAAAAGCUUGCGGGUGAGCAAGCUUAGCGAUAUGGCUGCUAUAUGCUGUGUGGACAUCGUUCGAGCAGCAUCCUGCACUCCACUGAGUGACGCCGGCCUGCGGCUCAUCGUGCCGGAUCUGGAGGCAGACCUCAGAGAAAAGCUGUUCGACCCUAGCCAUCCGCCACUCAACAAUAACCGUCAGAUCGAGACUUCGAUCAUUGUCGAAGCGUUCGUGGCCUUCUUCCGCUUGGAUCCUCAAAAGACCCUCAAGACACUGGUGCCAGUGUGCUUGGGCAGUUCCAGCCCUCAGCCAUUCAAGCUCGCGCUGAUUCGCAGUUGCAUUCAGAUGGCCAGCGAGCGCAACAGACUUCCGUGGACUCCCGACGUCUCGCUGCUGUAUCCGCACAUCAGCGCGCAAGCCCGCACGACCGCCAAGGACAUCAUCUUCAAGCUGCAUAAGACGGAUGCGGCAGCGACUCAUGCAACUCAGUCGGCCCUCAUUGGUAGCACGACCAAGACAGACAAACGGUCUUUGCGAACGCUUGGAGCUUCGAAGAGCAUUCCAGGAGCAGGCGUUGUGGAUGAGAGUCAAGGCAGGAUCGACGUACUGCAAGCGAUACUGAAGCUUUGGUGCUUGGACAUCAGAGCGAUGUCCUACGGCCUCGACUAUACAGGUUCAGCGACUCUUUCAGCGUUCGUUGGACCCGAAAACGUUGGCGACCACGAGGUCAUAUCGAGAGCUGCACUCAGCGCAGACAGUCCGCUUGCUCUCAUUUACUUUCUCGGUCGCAUCGCCCAUACCACCGAUCACAUCCACCUUCAUGAGCUGGCUCUUGAUCUGAUGGACAUAUGCUCUCUUGGUCUGUACGAUCCUGCCAUCGUGGCGGUCGACUUCAUGAAGACAACGCAACGGGCGCUCGUCUCGUGCACUUCGCUCUUCACCCGCGGUAUUGCAGAUCACCUUGCUCAAAGCGAAUCGACAGCGGACCAGCGUCACUGGCUUAGUAUCUUGAGCCGAACAAUGAAGAGGAAAGUCAAUUACAUCUCUAGCCUGAGGGCGUCUGGAGUCGAGCCGUUGACUCUGCCAAACAUUCCGACAAACUCCGAAUUCAUGUCAGAAGGGCGGGCAAUGGAGGCGGCGUUGCUGCUCAGUAUUUGUUCCUCUGACACAGACGUUUGCUCGGAAGCAUUGCGCUGCUGCGGUCAGAUAGCUUCGCUACGAGAGAUCGUGGUUGGCUUGCUGGGCACAAGCCAAGAAUGGGCCGUCCUGAUGCGAGAAUUAUCGGACCCAUCAUUCUCUCAGACUGGCGGCCGGAUUGCUCAGCAAAAGCGUAUUCGUGCCCUUUUGCGGGGUGCGACGCUGCCGACUAGGGCCAGCGCUCAAGCUUGGUGCGAGGCGUAUCAAAGAUGGGGCAGUCUCACACAACUGGUGGCGCGGCCCCUCGCGGAUGAGACCAGCGAUGCGGCGCAAGAGAAAGCAGCUCAGUGGCACAAUUAUGCAGGCUUCCUUGCAGCUCUUGGAGGUACAUGCGUGCUACCUGACGAAGAGUCGCUGAAGACGGCGCCGAAGGAGACGAUGAUCGACCCUCCGGUCCACCUCGUCGAAUCCUUCAUGCAAGAAAUGGUCGAUUUGUUAGUCUCCGAUUCAGUUUGGGUCCGAGAGAAAGUCAAGGAGACGCUCGGCCUAGAUCUCAGCCCUCGCCUCAACGGCAUUCUGUUCCGACAAGUGCACGCUGUGCUCAGCGAUUUCUUCGACAAGAGCACUGGCCUGCCUCGCCCAGCAGACAUGUUCACGAUAUUCGUGGAACAAUCCGUCAGCGUUACUCAGAUGGUGCUCAAUCGCAUGACUGCAGGUACGGAAGCCACGAAUACUGUGGACAUUGGCAGCCUCAUGGUGCUCUACGUCGAGUACGUCAAUUCGUUAGGCCGGAAAGAGCAGGCGGUUCGCAUCAAGACAUCAAUGUGCCACCUUUGCGAGGCGUUGAUGCAUAAAAAGAGCUUCUUCGCUUUUUCAAACGAGCUGCGCGUCCGCAACAGGCUGUUCCAAGCCUUGGUCACCUGGACAUCAGACUCGUCCGAUGAAGCUCAAGGCACCGAGAAGCUUGACCGCCUCCAAAGGGAACUCGAUGUGGUAUGCCUCAAGACCAUCUCCAUCCUCCUGGAUCGCUUGCCGCUGUUGUUGGCGGAUGAUGCUUUGCUGCUGGAUGACAAAGUUGAAUGGGCAAAAUCUCGACAGUUCUCAUUGUACUUCAACUACUUCAUCAAGGUGCUAAAUCGCGCUCGUACGCUUGAGGAAGCUGCAACUGAGCGAGCCAAAUCUGGAGGGGUUGGUGUUGGCGCAGCUGGCGUCAGCGGCGGUGCCAUCAGCUCUUCUGUCUCCAUGGCUCUUGGAGUCUCUGCAGCAAAGUUGAGGGAACAACAUCAGCAGGCCAUGCGAGAGCUGGGUCCCUUGAAGGAGUCUGCCAUUCUAGCUUUGUCGAACCUAUUAGCCAGCAACAUCGAUUCUGGUCUUCAGCAUUCCUUGCCCCUUGCCUACAACGACGAUCAGCAACUCCGUACUGCGUUCAUGCAAAUCAUGACGAAUGUUCUUAAUCAAGGCACAGCAUUUGACGACCUGGAGCGCUUAUCAGCGUCUCACAAGCACUCUAAGCUCAUCGAACUCAUCUGCGAGCCAGACAUGCAGCUCGCUCUAUCGGUGUGCAACAUAUGUAAAGGCAAUGAUGUCGACAACAUGGACUACGUUCUCCUGAGCAUCUUCGACUCUAGAGGUGGUAUCAUCAAAUUCCUCAAGGCUGCGCUAGCAGAGGAAAUAUAUCGGACGCCGAGCGAAGAGAUGGUCUUUAGGUCAAACUCCUUUAGGACCCACCUCCUAUCCGUCUUUGGUCGCACCCAUGGAUACGAAUACCUGCGAUCGAUCAUGGCUCCGCUGAUCACAGAGAUGGCCAAUAAGCCGCGCGGGUACUCUUUUGAGAUAGACCCGCACCGCAUCGAACCCGGAGAGUCAGUGCACAUCAAUCAACACCGUCUUGAAGAGAUGGCGCAGACGUUCAUUGAUCAGAUCUGCUCUUCUGCGCAUCGUGUUCCUGCCGUCUUACGAGAGCUUUGCCGACACAUUCGCUCUCUGAUGGAUGCGCGUUUCCCAACUUCGCGGUAUCAAGGCGUUGGCGGUUUCAUGUUCCUGCGCUUCAUUUCUCCAGUAGUGGUAGCGCCUCAGAUCAUCGAUAUCAACCUGACUGGUCCUAGCAAAGAGCUUCGUCGAGGCUUGCUCCUCAUCAGCAAGAUUCUGCAGACACUUGCCUCGAACAAUCUCUUCCCACCGCACAAGGAACCCUUUAUGACGUGUCUCAACGACUUCUUGAAAGGCAACGUUUGGCGGGUGGCCACCUUUUUGGAUCAGGUCUCCGAUGCACGCACCGAUCCUGACCGCCUACAAGCCGCAGAUCAACCUCUAGGAUACGGCAUCCAUCCCUAUGGCUACGGAAUUGAUCAAGAGGAUCAGCGUGUGAUCCAUCGCUUCCUCUUCGAGAAUGUGGACAAGGUCGGAAAGGAGCUGCUGACUCGAAAUGCUGAUCGACAAAGCUCUCUGGCUAAUGACAGUAAUGGCGCACCCAUGUCACCGGUCGCCGCGUCGCACGCUGCGAUAGGGAUUUCUGCGUCUACCGUUGACAGUCGCCGUACCUACGAGCAAUUAUGCCAGGUUCUCGCAGAAAUGGGCGAUUAUCGGAGCGAAGAGCUUCCUGCCAUCGCUGUGCAGCCAGGCCUUGGCGCAAGCAAGCAGGCCUUCCAAGACUUUCUCCGCCGGAAUAGCGGACGCAACGUCGACGACUCCGCCUACAAGGCGGUGUUCAGGGAAGGGCCGCCCUCUAAAGCUGGCCGCCCAGUGUUCUACUACAACGCGGCGCAGCAAAACGCGAAGACCAUGGACUACGAAGGUCUCAUCUUUUACGUCUUACAGUGCAUUGAAAGCUGCGUGUCACGCAACUUUGAUCUCGUCCUAGACUGUACCGGCCUGCAUCCUGUCAACAUGACGCCGCACCAAUGGCUGACGUAUUUCGCGACAAUGGUGCCGCCUGAGGUGGCAGGCAACAUGCGCAACGUUAUCGUCUUCAACGCGAACACCACAGCGAGGCUGUACGCUCGGCCGUGGUAUGCACAGGCGGGUGACCCCGGCGUUCAAGUCGGUCCCUCUGGGCGUGCUGCGCUUGCGUCGGUGCCGUCACAGAUGAGUAUCGCGUACUGCAAUUCUAUCGCAGAGAUCGAGGCUUUCAUCGAGCGGCGCAAUUUGGCCCUCGAUCCGACGACAAUCGCAAUCGCGACUUCUGCGGCGGAGAUGCGCUUCACGCAAAUCACCAUGGUAUGGUACUACCGCUCUCUCAUUCCGGUGUCCUUCAGGAUAGGUGGAGAACACCUGCAGAUCACAGCCCUGAAGCCUCAAGAGAUCGUGCCUGGCCGCAGCGGCUUCACGAAUGAUGUCUUUCAUCUUGCUGACAUCGACGACGUCAGAGCCAUCUCAGCUCGUGGAGAUGACACCACCUUCUUUGUCACUUGCCGUGGAGGUACCAUUUCUUUCCUCUUCAACAGCCGGGAUCGCGCCGAAAUCGUUCAAAGCCUCCGCCAAGCUAAAGCGCGCAUUUCGCGUUUCCGCCCGAGCAAGGCCCUCGACCGAACGCUGCUGCCCUCUGACGUACCUGGAACGCUGCUCAACAUGGCCAUGCUCAACGUGACGAGCGGGGACGCAAGCCUUCGAGUGAGCGCAUACAAUCUUCUCUGCGCAUUGUCGACGUCUUUCAAUUUUGGAGCCAGCAAUGCACGCAGGCGUCUGCUGAGUGCGAAAGGCCUGGCGAUCCCAGCCAACACGCUGAGCUUCGUCUCCGAGCUUAGCCGUGACUUUGCGGUAGCAGCACCUGGCGUUACUCUUGAGUUCUUGCUCUCUUUCUUCGAGGGCUUUGAACGAGCAACGCUGAGCCAGAAGACGCUGUGCCUGUACUACAUGGCGCCAUGGCUAUCAAAUCUAGUCAUGUUUACCCACACAGCUCGGGAGCAGCAGGGUGAAUAUCAGAAGCGCAUCAAAGAAAUUCUUUCCCAGCUCAUUGCUAUCACGGUCAAGCAGCCUGAGAUGUAUUCGGCUAUGCAAAGAGCAGUUUGGUCUCAGAUCAGCAGGUUAGACGACCUUAUUCCUCUGUUCGUCGAGGUGUUUUGCGAGGCUGCGAUGGAUUCAGGUCUACACACGCCUCGAUUUGAGUGCGUUCUCGACACUAUGGUUUCUUUCAGCUCCAUCAACCUGCGUGGCAAGCUACUCGCUCGGCUGAGGCGAGUGAUCGCAAAGACAGCUCAGAAUCCGACCGCUGGUGCACUGCAUGACAACAUAGCGUGGAAAGAAAUUGCCACACUGGUCAGGAUGAACAUGGUUCUGUCGUUCACAAGUCGACUCGAGGGCUUGAUCUACCUGCCAGAGCUGCUCCACGUGAUUCUUCUUCUUGCUGGCAAUGGUGUCGAUGCCACACGCCAUUCUUUCUAUGGUACAGCGGUGAACCUGAUUCACUCUCUCUGCACAGAAGACCAAAGAGACAUCAAGCGCGAGCCUCAAACCCUUGCCGGUUUGCCCACUUCAAGCUCCUCUCCUCACGACCUGCAAGGCGCCGCGAUGAAGGAGCCCCCAGCCAACAUUGCCGCAGACAACAGCAACAAGCUUCGCGCUCUUUUGACCCGCUUUGCGGAAGAUGAAUACUUGGCGCUGUUUGGUCUGCCUGCUGGAUCUGUGAGCCCACUCAACGCUUCCAUCGACGUAGUUCGGGAUAUGCCCAGCAAUGCUGCUAUAGAGCGGUUAGCCUCGGUCAUGUACGAGGUAGCGGAACUCGCAGCUCCCACCACGGACACCGCAAAUAGCUGGAGAGCUCGACUUACUAGUCUUGUGACUAGCACUGCAUUCCAGUACAACCCCAUCAUCCAGUCUCGAGCGUUCUUGUUACUAGGGUGCUUGGCCGAUCUCACCCGCUCCAUGAUGACCGAUAAGGGCGCCACAACAGGAAACUUGAACGGUCAAGUUGAAAAGAGCGUCACACGUAAAAGCGGCAGCCGAGAGGCAGACAUGGCCUUCGAAGUGGAUGACGAUCUCCUCUACCAAAUUCUCGUUUCCUUACGCGGCAGCAUUACCGAAUGGGCGAAUGCAAGCAACGAUGCACCAAUCAUCAGUAUUGUCACUUGCCUUAGCAAGGUCGUCAAGAUUCUUCCCGAUAGAUCGCGGUAUCUGCCGCAGCUCUUCUGGCUGGGCAUCUCUAUGAUCCAGUACGGGCAUGUCCCGCUCUUCAAAGCAGGCACUGAACUCUUGCUUGCCACGGUCACCAGCAUCUGGGACAGAAACCUUUUGCAAGAGGGACAGAUCGAUCUCAUCACCUUCCUCAUCGAUGGGAGGUACGAGUUCCGGGACGCGGCAUGCCGCCUGGAUGAUGAGACGGGAGUCGAUUUUGAAAUCAACUUUAGCUUCGCAGCGGCGGCACUGCUAGUUAAAGGUCUUAGACAUCCUUCAACCAAGAGUGCCACUACCGAGCUAUUGCGUGCUCUGCUGCAGUACACUGGCUUCGAUAGCAGUCACGCUUCCAGAUCGCCAGACGGAAGGAUAUCGGUACCACAACUCGGAUUCUUCAUUGGUCUCCUACCUACGGCGACGCGGCCCGAGGACUUUGGCGAACUUCUCAGUCUGGCGGGCGCGGCGCAAGGAGUCUGCACAGCAGCCAUCGAAGCUCGCAAGCAAGGCGGCGAGGCGAGCGGACUUUUCAAACAUCUUGACGCCACCGAGAACAAGGUCGCGCUUCUCAUUGUGACCCUGAUUGCGGCUCUCUUACAGCACGCUGAAAAUGAUGCCGAACGGCUACUGCUGUACGGCUUCCUUGCCGACUCGGCUCAAGAGGUGCCGGCGAUCGUCUCCAUCCUGUACGACUCGCUUGCGCCGGGCAUGCGUGACGUCUUUGUCAACUCGCAGAAUGGGCCCAUCCUGGACGCCGUGCACACAAUCGCCAGAAUUGCGGUCAGCGAGCCAGUCUUUGCAGCGCAAGCCCUAGAGACGACUCGUCGCGGCGGACCGGGCGCGUACUUGGACGAAACUGGCUAUGCGAGCCUGCUUGACUGCGGUGACUUUGCGCCCUUGCCCGACGUCCGCCGCCUCACGCUCGCAAAACUUUCGACCGCUCUCCUUGCUGGGCUCAUCGAUGCUGGCACUGCUUAAUCUUCCAAGUGCCUUGUCCUUCCACCUGCCUGAUGCAGCGGCUCUUUCAAGCUGACAACCUUUUUCUUUUUGUGCGUGGGGUGCAACGCAAGACCGCUUCGAUCAUACAAUAGCGGCACGAGUAGCAUCCAUCUUCCCAAACACCGCUACGACGGCUCAGACAGCCGACUUGUGCGGGAGUCGCACAACACCACGCAGACUCACCUAAUUGGCUCUACCACCAUCUCCUGUCAACGGAUUUGCCGGUCUUGUCACGUUUUCAUGUCUUAGUAUCGACUCAAUGUCCUCGCAGCUCCAUCGUUGACGUCUCUGUAAUUCAACUCAGUCAAAG